AUGGAGAGAGGAGAGGAGACAAGGAGAGAGGAGGAGGUGACAAGGAGAGAGGAGGAGACAGGAGAGAGGAGAGGAGACAAGGAGAGAGGAGGAGACAAGGAGAGAGGAGAGGAGAGAGGAGGAGACAAGGAGAGAGGAGAGGUGACAAGGAGAGAGGAGGAGACAAGGAGAGAGGAGAGGACAAGGAGAGAGGAGACAAGGAGAGAGGAGAAAGGGACAAGGAGAGAGGAGGAGACAAGGAGAGAGGAGAGGAGACAAGGAGAGAGGAGAGGUGACAAGGAGAGAGGAGAGGACAAGGAGAGGAGGAGAGAGAGGAGAGAGAGAGAGGAGACAAGGAGAGGAGAGAGACAAGGAGAGAGGAGAGGAGACAAGGAGAGAGGAGGAGACAAGGAGAGAGGAGAGAGACAAGGAGAGAGGAGAGGUGACAAGGAGAGAGAGGAGACAAGGAGAGAGGAGAGGAGACAAGGAGAGAGAGGAGACAAGGAGAGAGGAGGACAAGAGGAGAGGAGACAAGGAGAGAGGAGGAGACAAGGAGAGGAGACAAGGAGACAAGGAGACAAGGAGAGGAGAGGAGACAGGAGAAGAGGAGGAGACAAGGAGAGAGGAGGAGACAAGGAGAGAGGAGAGGUGACAAGGAGAGAGAGGAGACAAGGAGAGAGGAGAGGAGACAAGGAGAGAGGAGAGGAGAGAGGAGGAGACAAGGAGAGAGGAGGAGACAAGGAGAGAGGAGAGGUGACAAGGAGAGAGGAGGAGACAAGGAGAGAGGAGGAGACAAGGAGAGAGAGAGGACAAGGAGAGUACAAGGAGAGGAGACAAGGAGAGAGGAGAGGUGACAAGGAGAGAGGAGAGGUGACAAGGAGAGGAGACAAGGAGAGAGGAGAGGUGACAAGGAGAGGAGAGGAGACAAGGAGAGAGGGAGACAAGGAGAGGAGGAGACAAGGAGAGAGAGGAGACAAGGAGAGAGAGAGGAGACAAGGAGAGAGGAGGAGACAAGGAGAGAGGAGAGGUGACAAGGAGAGGAGAGGAGACAAGGAGAGAGAGGAGACAAGGAGAGGAGAGGAGACAAGGAGAGAGGAGAGGAGACAAGAGAGAGGAGGGAGACAAGGAGAGAGGAGGAGGAAAACAAGGAGAAACAAGGAGGAGACAAGGAGAGAGGAGGAGACAAGGAGAGAGAGGAAGGAGAGAGGAGGAGACAAGGAGAGAGGAGGAGACAAGGAGAGAGGAGGAGACAAGGAGAGAGGAGAGGAGACAAGGAGAGAGAGAGGAGACAAGGAGAGAGGAGGAGACAAGGAGAGAGGAGGAGACAAGGAGAGAGGAGGAGACAAGGAGAGAGGAGGAGACAAGGAGAGAGGAGGAGACAAGGAGAGAGGAGGAGACAAGGAGAGAGGAGGAGACAAGGAGAGAGGAGGAGACAAGGAGAGAGGAGGAGACAAGGAGAGAGGAGGAGACAAGGAGAGAGGAGGAGACAAGAAGAGAGGAGGAGACAAGGAGAGAGGAGGAGACAAGGAGAGAGGAGGAGACAAGGAGAGAGGAGGAGACAAGAAGAGAGGAGGAGACAAGGAGAGAGGAGGAGACAAGGAGAGAGGAGGAGACAAGGAGAGAGGAGGAGACAAGGAGAGAGGAGGAGACAAGGAGAGAGGAGGAGACAAGGAGAGAGGAGGAGACAAGGAGAGAGGAGGAGACAAGGAGAGAGAGGAGGAGACAAGGAGAGAGGAGGAGACAAGGAGAGAGGAGGAGACAAGGAGAGAGGAGAGGAGACAAGGAGAGAGGAGGAGACAAGGAGAGAGGAGGAGACAAGGAGAGAGGAGGAGACAAGGAGAGAGAGGAGACAAGGAGAGAGGAGGAGACAAGGAGAGGAGAGGUGACAAGGAGAGAGGAGGAGACAAGGAGAGAGGGAGGAGACAAGGAGAGAGGAGAGGUGACAAGGAGAGAGGAGAGGUGACAAGGAGAGAGGAGGAGACAAGGAGAGAGGAGGAGACAAGGAGAGGAGGAUGA